CUGUAACUCGUUGCAUGCUAAGGUUAUGUUUUCCCGGUGUAUAUACGAAAUUACGUCUGCUGUUUUGCGUCUCUGAUUAGAAAUGGCGAGUACAGUUGUAGCAGCUGGUGUUGGUCUCGCUGUUGUGGGAUUUGCUGGUCGUUAUCUGCUCAGAAAAAUGCCAAAUUUAUCACAAAGAAUGGCAGAGACAGUGAAAAAGCUAGAUUCUCAGUCAUUAGCAAACAGCAAGUAUUACAAGGGUGGUUUUGAAACAAAAAUGACCAAACGGGAAGCUAGUUUGAUUUUGGGUGUGUCGCCCACAGCUAGUAAAGCAAAAGUAAAAGAACAAUUUAAAAAAGUGAUGAGCGUAAAUCAUCCAGAUCGUGGCGGUUCUCCAUAUAUUGCUGCAAAAAUCAAUGAGGCAAAGGAUUUGCUUGAGAAAUAAUGAAAAGAGAUUAUUUAGUCUAUUUGUAAUAUAUAUUUGGUUUAUAUUGAUUUAGGAAUUUUAAUGUACAUAAUUAUUAAUAUAAUUUAAU